GGGAUUAUAGGCGUGAGCCACAGGGUCCAACCUAACUUGGUCUUAAGUGUGAUUUCUGCUGUGCACACUUCUGACUUAACCAGCCAUGGACUUUGGCCAGGAUGGUCUAUUCAUCCGUAGGCUGCAUGUCUCCCUGCGCAGCCUUCAAUAGAAUGAACAUAAUGGGAAAGGUUUCACUGCUCUCGCAACCUUUGGUUACAUCCAGGAGCAGAUCUCAGUUUGGUACAAGUGUGUCUAACACCUCUCUGAUAGCUUUUUAGUGAAAGAAAGAGGACCUUUGUUAGGCAACAGUAUCCAGCUAGAAUUUAAUCACAUUGUUCUGUUUUCAUUAUAUACAGCUUUUCAGGUACCUUCUAUUCAAGGCAAGUGAUGAUAGCUUCUUGUGCAAGGGAAUGAAAGAAAGUUUCCUUCUUUAACACACUUAUUUAAUUUUUAAAAGUGAAGCAAUUAAAUAAAAACAUCAAAAUGUUGAGGUGAUAUGCAAAAUUUAAGAGGGCAUGAUAAAAUAGUAAGGGGAUAGGUAGAAAUUAGGAAGAUGGUGCUUAAAUAAUUGGCAUUUGGGCAACACUUUAAACAUUGAAAGUGAGAAAGCACUUUAUGGGUCAUUGUCUGCUGGCCUCCACCCCUACCCUAUGGUACUAGACUGUUUAGGAUGGCUGAGGCCAUGUGUCAGUGAGCUUACCAUUACAUCCUGGGAACUGGUAGGUGCUCAAUAUAGAAAUGAAAUGUAGGUGGAUGGAUACAUCAUGUGGCUCAGAUCCCUUGUUUUGCAGAUCCACCGUGGGCGCCCUGCUGGCAUCUGAGCUGGGAUGGAAAUUCUAUGAUGCUGAUGACUAUCACCCGGAGGAAAACCGAAGGAAGAUGGGAAAAGGCAUACCGCUCAAUGACCAGGACCGGAUUCCAUGGCUCUGUAACUUGCAUGACAUUUUACUAAGAGAUGUAGCCUCGGGACAGCAUGUGGUUCUAGCCUGUUCAGCCCUGAAGAAAAUGUACAGAGACAUAUUAACACAAGGAAAAGAUGGUGUAGCUCUGAAGUGUGAGGAGUCGGGAAAGGAAGCAAAGCAGGCUGAGAUGCAGCUCCUGGUGGUCCAUCUGAGUGGGUCGUUUGAGGUCAUCUCUGGACGCUUACUCAAAAGAGAGGGACAUUUUAUGCCCCCUGAAUUAUUGCAGUCCCAGUUCGAGACUCUGGAGCCCCCAGAAGCUCCAGAAAACUUUAUCCAAAUAAGUGUGGACAAAAAUGUUUCAGAGAUAAUUGCUACAAUUAUGGAAACCCUAAAAAUGAAAUAAGAAUCAUUUUGUAUCAGUGGUCCAAACAGAAUUAAGCAUAAAUCAUUGUGCCAUCCCAAACCUCGUUCCAGCCGCCUUGCCCAUACUAGAUUCUAAAUGUUUCUAAAGGCAAACCCCAAUGUGUCAAGACAGACUUGUUUAGGUGUAAUUUUAGGAAUUAUGCUGGUUCAUCGGGAAGCAGAGGGGGAGUUUUAAAAGUCAAGCUUAAAUUGAAGUUUAAAUUCAUCUGUAACCAAAUCAAAUGAUCGGAGGAAAUUCUGUAAUCGAUGGUGGAAAUCGUUACAUUGUUUAGAACAUUCUUGCUCAUGCCCAUAUUUGCACAAAUAAAUGAAACUUGGCUGUCCUUGGCA